GGAGUGGCCAAGGCCAGGGGCGGCCCCGCGGGGCCCCACCAGCAGCGGGAUCCGCUCAUUGCAGGAUCCGGUCACUGUGGGGCCGAGCUGUGGGGCCGGGCGCGGGCAGGAGACGUGCGAUGGAGGAGGCAAGCGGGGCGUCCCCGAGGGCGCGGGGUGCUGCAGGUCCCCAGAGCUCAAUCGUUGUCCCCAUCUCUGCCAAACUGCAUCCCCAAUUACACAGGCACCCCCCUGCACCUUCCGACCCCCAGGGCCAAGCCGGGCAGAGCCCCCGCGCCCCACUGCGCCUUGCAGGUGAGCGGCUGGACGAGGACGAGGACAGGGAUGAGGAUGAGGACGAGGACGAAGAUGAGGACGCAGCCGCGGCGGGGGACGAGGAGCACAUCACCACACUGCUGGCCUGCACAGACCCCCACAGCACUCGGCCUCUGCCCCAUAGGGACCAAGAGGAGCACUCGGGGUGCACCGGCAGCCCCCACCCCCAUGGGCAGCAGCCUCGAGGGCUCGAUGGCGCUGGGACAGAAGCCCCCCACCCCGACCUCUUUGCUGCCCUGCAGCACGCCGUCAGCUCGCUGGAACGCGCCGUCAUCUCCCGGCAUCGGUGCACGCCGGCACCGCCAGCAGAGUGGGCACAGAGCCUGGAGGAGCUGCAGCGCGUGGCGGGGCCGUGCCAGGGCCUGGGGAGGGGAGAGGGGCUGCUGGAGGAGGCGGAGAGGAACGCAGCGCUGCGGGCAGCAUUGGGGGACCGCGAUGAGGAGCUGAGCCGCACCACGGAUGCACUGCGGGCGUUGCAGGGGGAGCGCGAGCGGCUGCAGGGGAAGGUGUGGGAGCUGCAGGAGGCUCUGGCCAGGCUGGAAGGGACGGGCGGUGCCGGGGGUGACACCACGGGGCUCAGCGGUGCCCCGGGACCGGGGGACCCCCAGGACUUGUCCGGCUGCAUCCUGAGCUGUGACGAUGCUCAGCCCCACGGCGCUCAGCCCCACAGCCCACUCUCCCCCCCACCCUCAGAGGGUGCCAGCCGGGAGCUGGAGCAGAGGAUGCAACAGCUACAGGGGCACAUGGAGAGGCUGAAGGAGGUGAACCAGCAGCUCUCAGCUGCCCUGCGUGACUGCAAGAGCGAUUCGGAGCGGCUCAGCAUGGUGCUGGGGCAGCACGAGUCCCGCAGCAGCGCGCUGCACCUGGCACUGCACUGCAGUGAGCGCUGCGUGGACGCCUAUGCUGCGCUGCUGGAACGGAUGUGGGCGAAACUGGGCAGGGAUGGGCACGGCCCCAGUGCUGGAGCCACAGGGGAGCAGAGCACAGAGCACAGCUGUGGCUCCAGCCCCACACAGAGACUGCAGCUCCCGGACCAAGCAGAACCAAAAAGACAGGAGGGGAGCAGGGUCACCUCCUGCCCCGGGCUUCACAGCACCCACGGGUCAGAGGAGGGGGCCCUGCGUGAGGCCAUCCGCCAGCUGCGUGCCGAGCAGGCGGCCGUGCAGAUGUCCCUGCACCACGUCCCCACGCCCAGCCGUGCCCCGUCCCGCCGUGCUGAGGAUGCCUGUGCCCGUGCUGAGCGCGCACUGCGGGAUGCUCGUGCCCUCCUGCCUGGCUGGAGGCGGCCGGAGAGAGCGGAGCUGCUGCGGGAGGUGGCGGAGCUGAAGGAGGCCAUGGCCGAGCUGAGGACGCGGCUGCAGCUGGCGGAGCGGGAGAAGCGGGGCCUGGAAGUGCUGGCGGCUGCGCAGGGCCCACGGGAGGCAGCGCUGCGCCUGGUGCUGCAGCACAUGGAGCGGGAGCAGGGGGCUCACAGCCCCCCCAGCGGCUCCAGCAGCAGCGAGGAGGAUGCCCCGAUGGGAGCAGCAGCACCGCAGCGCCCUGCGGACCCGGAGAGGACGGCGCAGGAGCUGCAGUGCGCAUUGGCACGCAUGGAGCAGCUGCACGCCCGUGCACAGGCCCUGGUGCUGUCCCUGGAGCAGAGCAGUGCCGUCAGCCGUGCGCAGCACGAGCACUGCAUCGCCGUCACCAGAGAGUCCUUCCACGCUCACAGUGAUGCUGUGCCCGCAGUGCUCUGGCCCUGGCAUACCGCAGCGCCCGGCGCAAGCAGGCGGCACAGCUGCAGCACCUGGAGGCACGGGCAGGAGCCGUGCAGCAGCAGCAGGCGCAGCGCAUGCAGGCGUUGGCACGACGGCUGCAGGCCCUGGAGCAGCACGCGGCCGGUGGCGAGACCUGCAUUUAGGGACGCAGGCUGAGUCCAUGGGGACAAUAAAGCGCCGAUGCUCGUG